AUGGCCGGUCAUCGAGCUAAAGAUGCUGCUCGCCAUUUGAAAGACGAAAUUGUUCAAUCGCUAAAACAUUCAAAAUCGCAUGGAGAGACAGAUUUGGCUGAUCCUACAGGUCAGACAUUAUCUGUACAUACAAGAAAAGAUCGAUCACGAAGUCCGAAACCAACGACGAUUGCCGCAUUAACAUCAAUUCCAAUUACACCACAAAAUACGAGUAGUAAUCCAUUCCCUGAAUCUGGUAGUCAUUCUGCAUCAUCGUCAUAUUCUGAUAUGACAACGAUUGUUACCCCAUCAUCUUUGCCAAGCUCACAAACAACUGGCGGUCCUCCACCCUUGAAUACAAUCACACCAAACACAAGUGCAGCAACUGGAAUUCUAAGUCAACAACAAGUAACCAUGCAAUCAACAGCACCAGCAAUAGCCAAUGGUAAAGAUGAAAUGCGUGGUUGGUUAUAUAAAUGGACAAAUUAUUUAAAAGGGUAUCAAAAACGUUGGUUUGUAUUACAAAAUGGAAUAUUAUCAUACUAUCGUUCACAAGAUGAAAUGUCACAUACAUGUCGUGGAACAGUUUAUUUGGAUUCAGCCAAUAUAUCAUCAUCUGAUUCAUGUCAUUUUGUUAUUUCAAACGGUUCAACAACAAUUCAUUUAAGAACAUCCACCGAAACGGAUAAACAACGUUGGAUAAAUGCAUUAGAACUAGCUAAAACAAAAGCAUUAAAAUAUCGUAAAACAUACAAUGAUGAUUCAGAUAAUGAUGAUUCGAGUAGUAAUGAAAAUGAUUUAGAUGAGGAAAAAUUAAAAACAACUAGUGGUGGUAUAAUAAUACCAAGAGAAACCAUUGUGCCACAACCAAAUAAUAUUGAACGCGCUGAAAUUCAAACAUUAACAAAAACAUUUGAAUCAAAAUUAAAUGAUUUAAAAAUGUGUAUGGAUUUAAUUAAUCGUCAUUAUCAAGCAUUACAUCGAACACUCGGUGAUUUAGAACAAAUGGAUAAAUCAGAGACAACAAUGAAUACAAUUAAAAGUGUUAAUGAACGUGCAACACUAUUUCGAAUAACAUCAACUGCUAUGUUAAAUGCUUGUCAGGAAUUAACACAGUUAAUACAAUCACAAGGACGUAAAUGGCAAAAAGCUAUACAAUUUGAACGUGAUGCACGAAUAAGAAUGGAAAAAAUGUGUGAACAAGUGGCAGCACAAUCAGCUAAAUUAGAAAAACAAGUUCAACGUGCAUCAAGAAAAGGAAAAGAAGAUAUGGUAGGAGGUACAUCAUUGAGUGGUGGACGACCAACAAUCACUAGUAUUGGAUCGUUAAAAAGUUCAGAUGAUAAUAGAAUAUCACGUACCGAAUCGGAUGAUGAAGAAUUUUAUGACGCUAUUGAUGAUCCACAAACAAUUGGAGUAUUUCGUGUACCCAUGCAACAUAAAGAAAAAUCAAACGACAUAUUAGAUGAUGAUGCAAGCUCUGGAGAAGAUGAAGGAGAAAGUGAUGUUGAUCAAAAGAACUAUCCAAUGGUUAUUGUAAAAGCGUUACAAAUAUUGUAUUUACUAGGGCCAAAGAAAGAUGUUGCUGUUCCAACAACACCGACUACUGGUGGUGGUACGACAACAAAUGUAAAUCCAUUGGAAACAAAUACCAAUGAUCAAACUAUAUCCGAUGCUCAAUUUUCAACAGUUGGUCCUUUACGAUCUAAUCAACCAAAACGUAAACGUCGUGAUCGUAUUCCUGAAAGACCAAAUUAUAGUAUUAAUCUAUGGGGUAUAAUGAAAAAUUGCGUCGGAAAAGAUCUGUCUAAAAUACCGAUACCAGUGAAUUUCAGUGAACCAAUAUCAAUGUUACAACGUAUUACUGAAGAAUUAGAAUAUUCAUCGGUAUUAGAUCGAGCAGCAAAAGCUACAGAUAAUUGGGAACAGUUAGCUUAUGUAGCAGCAUUUACAAUAUCGGCAUAUUCGACAACAACAACAAGAGUCAAUAAACCAUUUAAUCCUUUAUUAGGUGAAACAUAUGAAUGUGAUCAUACCGAUGAUUUAGGAUGGCGUUCUAUGUCCGAACAAACUGGUCAUCAUCCACCCGCAUUAUCCACACAUGCUGAAGGUCAAGGUUGGAUAUUGUAUCAAGAAUUUACCAUGACUAGUAAAUUUCGUGGACAAUAUUUAAGUAUAACACCAUUAGGAUAUUCACAUUUGGUAUUUAAAAAUACAGGAAAUCAUUUUACAUGGAAAAAAGUGACAACAUUAGUAAACAAUAUUAUUGUUGGUAAAUUAUGGAUUGAUAACGUUGGUGAAAUGGACAUAAUUAAUCAUACAACAAAAGAUGUAUGUAAAUUAAAAUAUUAUCCGUAUAGUUAUUUUUCAAAAGAUGUACCACGAAAAGUUACUGGCGUUGUCACCGAUUCACAUCAACAAGCCAAAUGGGUAUUAACAGGAACAUGGACUGAAAAAAUUGAAGGUGGUCCCGUUGAUACUACCGCUCGUCAUGCUCAUUCAAAUCAUAUGGAAACACGUAAUAUGAAAUUAUUGUGGCAACGUAAAAUGCCACCGGCUUAUUUAGAAAAAAUGUAUAAUUUUACCGAAUUAGCCAUACAAUUAAAUGAAGAUGAACCUGAUGUGGCACCAACGGAUUCUCGUAAACGUCCCGAUCAGCGUCUCAUGGAAGAAGGACGAUGGGACGAAGCAAAUCAAGAAAAAUUACGUCUAGAAGAUAAACAACGUCAAGCACGACGCCAACGUGAACAAAAUGGUCAAGAUAAUUAUGUAUCAAAAUGGUUUAAGAAAAAACAGGAUGAAUUAACACAGUCAGAAAUGCACAUAUUUACAAAUGAAUAUUGGGAUUGUAAAGCUAAACAAGAUUGGUCACGAUGUCCGGAUCUCUAUUAA